GGACGCCGUCGUCGUAACUCCACGUUCAUUUCUCUUGGACUUUAGGAUAUAGAAAGAGGAUAAAGGUGGCACCGACACGUUGUCGCACCAAAAGUGCUGCAAUUCUCCUCCAAAACCUAAGGCUCUUAUGCAAUUCAACGUGGUUAGCUUGUUUUCCGUGAUGAUGGAAACUCUCGUGAAUUUCAAACGAAGGAAAUUAGAAGGCAAGAUGCAACAGCCUGAGUGUUGUGAUGAAUCCUUUGAGGGUGACAAACUGUCCUGGUCCGAACUGAAGGGGGUUGUCAGUGAACUGAGAAGGCAGUUGUCCUCGCUGUCAACAAUGGUACCAACAAAUAUAUCAUUUCGAAAUCUGCAGGAUGGUAGGACAAGGAUAUAUUUCUUGAGCACACCUGGUAAUGGAUGUGAAAGCACACUGCUGUACUCUGAUGUGCCCACAGAGGGGCAGCUGACUCACAGGCUGCAGUGGCACUGCGUGUUUGAAUCAAAUUUCCCCACUGUCGCAGCGGGGAACAAGUUCUCAAGGGAGGAACAGUUGCUUUGGGAAAGGAAACGAUUGGCCACAUGGGGAAUUAACUCAUAUGAAAUACAUCCAGAGUCAGGGAAGAUUGUCUUCCCUGCCAGCAGCAGCUUGUUUCAAUGUGUUGACAAUGGAUACUCAACAGGCCCGUUGUUUCCGACGAAGCUACGAAUGAUGUCGUGCGGAGCGAAGCUCAACCCACAGAUCUGUCCGUCCAAUCCGGAUCUCGUGGCUUACAUCUGCAACCACGACAUCUGGCUGUCGCAUACCGUAUCAGGAUGCAACGUUCGACUCACCUACGCCCACAAAGGCGGAAGAAACUUGGCCGACGAUCCCCUCUGCGCCGGUGUGCCCUCCUACGUGAUGCAAGAGGAGUUCUGCAGGUACCAAGGAUACUGGUGGCAACCCGCAGCCCAGAACGGAGUGUACAGGAUCCUCUACGAGGAGGUCGACGAUGGUGAUGUGAAAAUAUUUUGCCUGCCAUCCUCGCAAUCCGGUUCCGGAGAGGUCGAGGAAUUUCGGUUCCCUAGGGCGGGCAGUCCCAACUCAAAAUCGUAUUUGAAACUGAUUGAAUUCCGCGUGAGCGACACUAGGCAAAUCACGGACAUUGUAAUGCUGGAAUUGCAGUUCAGCAUCAACAUGCUGUUCCCGUGGGUCGAGUACAUCGUGCGGGCCGGUUGGUCUCCGGACUCUGAGUACAUCUGGGUGCAGCUUCUGGAUAGGAAGCAGCAACGUCUGGAACUCGUCCUUCUGUCACUGAACAACUUUACGGAGGUUCUGCCUAUGUACGACGAAGGAAGCAGCAACCCGGGCGACAUCGGUAAUCCAAUGGUUCAAGUUAUCUAUUCGGAGGAAUCGAACGUUUGGGUGAACGUGCACGAUCUUCUUUACUUCUUACCUGCGAAAGAGCAGCACAACGAGAUCGAGUUCAUAUGGGCGAGCGAGGAGACGGGCUACAGACAUCUGUAUCUGAUAUCUGCGCAGAUCAUGCCCUGCACGAACGGCCUCACCGAACCAAUGGAUUACGUCUCGUUGCAACCGAAGAUCUUGCAGAAGAUCGCGCUCACGAGCGGCGAAUGGGAGGUGCAGGAGAAGGGCAUCUGGGUGGACAACGAACGGCAGCUCGUCUACUUCAUCGGUCUGAGGGAAUCCGUCCUCGAGAAACACCUUUACGUCGUAUCGAUGCGGCGGCCAGGCGAAGUACGGCUGCUCACGAUGCCAGGAUUCUCGUACGUCGUCGACUUCAAUAAGGAAUGCACGAUGAUGAUCGCCGUCUACAGCAACAUCGAGAAGAUCCCUGCGUGUCAGGUGUUCCGGAUAACGCACACCGAUUGGACAGCCGACGGGGUGGAACUUACGCCGUUGGGUUACCUGCAGGAAUCUUCUUCGUUUGUAAAUAGGAACUACUGUCCGAAACUGUACACGCAUUCGAUCUCUUCAGGCCAUAGUCUGUACGCCAUGGUGUUCAAGCCACACAACUUCACGCCGGGAAAGAAGUACCCCACAGUACUGAACGUUUACGGGGGUCCCGAAGUGCAAUUGGUUUCAAAUACGUUUAAGGGGAUGCGGCAAUUGCGGUUACACAUGCUGGCCGCCCGAGGUUACUGCGUUAUCGCAAUCGAUUCAAGAGGUUCGCGGCACAGGGGUUUGGAGUUCGAGUCGUAUCUGAGGGGGAAAAUGGGAACGGUGGAGUUGAGUGAUCAAGUGGAGGUGCUGAAGUGGCUAUCGGAUAAGUUGGGCUACAUAGACACUGAAAGGGUGGCCAUCCACGGAUGGUCGUACGGUGGAUACUUAAGUCUGAUGGGUUUGGUGCAGCAUCCGGACGUGUUCAAAGUUGCCAUAGCUGGUGCUCCUGUAACCAACUGGAUGCUGUACGACACCGGUUACACCGAACGCUACAUGGACCUACCCGAUCACAACCCUCAAGGCUACAACGAGGGAUCGGUGCUCAAUUACAUCAACAAAUUUCCCGAAGAGGAGAAUCGCCUUUUAAUUAUACACGGUCUGAUCGAUGAGAACGUGCAUUUUUAUCACACCAGUCAACUGGUCAGCUGCAUGAUCAAAGCGGGGAAACCGUACCAAUUGCAGAUCUACCCGAACGAGAGGCAUUCGUUGCGCCAUUUGGAUGCCAGCAAACAUUACGAAACCACGCUGCUGUCCUUCCUCCAGAAUCAUCUUUAAGCGAAUAAUAAAUGCAAGAUGCAAGAAAAGAAGACAAACACAUACACACACAUAAAA